CCAGACCAACUUGCCCAGAACCCUUCGCUUCCAUCCAUCAACCUGCUCCACCACCUCGGUGAGGCUCGACCUGUAGUACGCUACACGGUAUAUGCUGGCCUGGGACUCAUGGCGACUGUCGAGUCUGCCUUUUGGUUCCACGUUCUGCGGGCCAAGUUCUUCCCCCGCACCACCCAGGCAGAGCGGCAGCAAGAUGAUGAAUUGCUGGAUAACUUCAAGAACGCCAUUACGGGCUUUCGACAAGCGUGGAUGGGCAAUUACCAAAGAUAUUAUGGAGCCCACGUAUGGGGUCUGGGC